AUGGUUCAAUUGGAAAAUCUCCUAGACACACAACCAGAGUUAGCACAAAAUAGUGAGGGCAGAGUUGCAAGGGAAGGUGAUGCAUUACAUCAGUUGUUGGGAGAAGAAAAAGCUGGACAAGUGCACGGCAUGGGAUUGCUUCCGGUUCCUAAACAAGUUUAUGGUCGAAAAACACACCAUUUUAAGGACAUUAAUAUAGUUUCACUAGAUGGCUCAUCAUCUGAUGUAGAGGUUCACAUGUUGGAGGAAAUAAGGCAACUCAAAGAGCAUUCUAGAAUGCAAGACAAAGUUAUCGAAGAACUAAAAAACAAUCAGAGGCACAAUGAGAACCAAGAAGCAACAAUGAGAAAUUGUGCUAGGAGUGAUCACAAUAAUUCUCAGAAUCAAGUACUGAAUUCUAAAAGAAAGAGAGCCCAGUGUGGUGCACCCAACCAGAAUGAGGGAUUCCUCAAACAUAGGGAUGAAUUGAAUAAAGAAACAUGUGAGUUUGAAUUUAGUGAUGAUGACAAUGUACUUUUAUCUGGAGAAAAGUGCCAAAGUGAUAAUAAUGACAAGGAAGUAGAAGAAGCAGAAGCACAGGCAAUAUUUGAACGACACCUCCAUAAUGAUUUUGCACCAACAGAGGGACACCACGGAGGGCUUGUAGAUACUAGAACCAUUGCACACCAGGAGGUGGCUCAUGACAAGGCUACAAGCUAUAGGCGCCAAACACCUAAACGACUUUCUCUAAUGAAGGUUGGGUCCACAGUGCUACUAAUGACUUCAAAAUAUCCUAAUAAGGCUAAUGUGGCAUAUGCAACUCUCUUGAGCACUAAUCCAGAAGCCCUUGUUGGUGGAGUUAAGAUAGGAAGUCAAUUCUACAAAGUGCGUAUCAAUCAUCCUAUAACAAAAGAUGAGCCAUUAGUGAGGCCUAUGCUUGGGUGCGACAAUAUUGGUGAUGCUCAUGCCAAAGGAGUCCAAAUUGCUUGGCCUUCGAUGUUUGUUCAAAUGAUUAAUGGUUGA